AUGGAUAUCAAGUAUGACUUUGCCGCCAUUGAAUCCAUAGCAAAGGAACUGCUUUCUUCUGAGAAACCUCCAACUCCGAUUAGAGUUGUUACCAAAACUGAAGCUGAGAGAAAGUUCGAGGAGAUACAGCGUCAACGGCUCGAAGAGAAGGUACAGAAGGCUGCCCAGAAGUCACAUCGGGAGAGAGUUGCGGAAUUGAAUCGGAAAUUAGAAGAGAUGACUGAGCACUACGACAUUCCGAAGGUUGGCCCUGGAUAA